AUGAGCUGCUUUUGGUUCUUCGUGGUCCUGGCAUUGGGAGGGUAUCUUCUGGCCUCCUGGUUCCUGCUGAAGAAGCCCCACCUUCUCCACAGGAGGAAACGCACUGCCUUCUACUGCACGCACAUCUCCCACAGAGGAGGAUGUGGAGAGAAGAUAGAAAGCACAAUGGAGGCAUUCACUCAUGCAGUGAAGGAGGGAACACAGAUGCUAGAACUGGACUGUCAUGUGACGCGCGACGGACAUGUGGUUGUGUCACAUGAUGAGAAUCUACUCAGGCAGACGGGACAUGACGUCACCAUCUCCUCACUCAGGCUGCAGGAUUUACCUUUGUACAAGGACAGACUUGAGGUGACUUUCAAUGCGGGUCACUACAGUCAUGGUGCAGACAGGAAGUUCCCUUUGCUGGAGGAUCUGUUCCAAAAGUUCCCAGAAAUUCCAAUCAGCAUUGAGAUUAAAGAGAACAACAACCAGCUGAUAGAAAAGAUAUCUGCGCUGGUCCAACGCUAUCGCAGGGAGGAGAUCACUGUGUGGGCAUCUGUGAACUCAACAAUCAUGAGCAAAUGCCGCAAAACAAAUGGCGCCAUGCCGUACAGCUUCUCCAUGCACCAAGGGCUGCUCCUCCUGCUCCUCUUCUACAGCGGCCUGCUGCCCUUCGUGCCGCUGGGAGAGAGCCUACUGCAGUUCUACCUGCCGCGCAUAAUCAACAGGUCCUUUAUUCCCCAAAAGAAGAUCCUGAGGAACAGACUGAUCGUGACGUUGAUAGAAAAAGUCACGAUGAGGAAAAGUCUCUUUGAACAUCUUGCAGCUCGUGGGAUUCAGGUGCAUUUGUUUGUGUGCAAUAAGGACGAAGACAUAAGGGCGGCGUUGGAGGUGGGAGCCACGGGGGUGAUGAGUGACUACCCUUCACGUCUGUCACGCACCCUCAGUAGAACGUCAAGAGUGACCUGUCUGCUCACACGUGGCAGCUUUCUGGUGCACAACACACCAGACUGAAAUGUAGACCUUAAUAAAACAGGUGAACUUUUUAAAAUAUGAUCUGGUCUGUAUAUGUGUAUGUACACAGCAAAACAUGCUGGGUUAUUAUGGCAAACCAAUUUAUGGGUUGCUAGUGUUAAGUAAAAUUUUUUGUUAAAGUUUGGAGUUAUUUUUAUGAAGAGCAACUAAUUUUUUGGAUUGUAAGGGUAUUAUUGUUACUCAUUUUUGUCAUGUCUGUGAUUAUGUUUUGUUUAAGUUAUGUCCUGUUUGGUUGUUUAAGACUCUUAGUUCAUGUUUACGCUCCCUUGUUUGGUCACCAUGGUUACCCAUUAGUUUCACCUGUUGCACAUUUUGAUUCACGCACCUGUCACUAAUCAUGUCACUGUUAUUUAAGCCUGUCUUUUUCUGUUGGUCGUCCUGGCGACAUUACCCUUGCAAACUCUGUUACCUCUGCUACUCUUUGAUAUCAUAGUCCAUGCCACAGUAAGUGCUUAUGUUUCAUGUCCAUACUUUUGCCUUUGUGCUAGUUUUUGUUUCUUAGCCAAGUUUGUUCUCCGCCUUGUGUGCGCUUUUCGUUUGUAUCUUUUUAUAGUCAUUAUUAAAUCAUGUAUCCACCUUCACGCCAUGUCCGCUCCAAUUUCCUUGCAACUCGGGAAAACAAACCCCGCCAUAGU